AUAGUCUGACGUCUCUACCGGAAAAGCAAUGUAAACAGACUUGUGAAGUUGAAAUAGUCAGUGGUAGUUUUUCCAAAGGCGUUAUUAUCGUGGCGUUUGGAACUUGUUUUUACUUAAACGAUCGUAAUUAACUGGACGAAGAAACGGUAACAUUUCUCAUUACUACGAUGAGUUUUUGCGUCGACAACAGGCAACAAGCUAAAAAACAAAAUUGAGCUAGCUGCUAGCCUGUUAGGCUAAUCUCUGCAAUACCGAUUAGUGUCAAGUGUUUUUAUUAGUAUCAAUGCCUCAAGAAGGAGAUCCGUCUCUUCCUCUGGUACGCUCCCUCAACAGCCGGAUUCCCAUUAAUGCUAUUUUUUGCAACCGUAGCCCCCGUGUUGUGCGGCCGCUGUGGAUAGAUUACCGCGGCGUCCCUCGGGCUUAUGACGAUUUACAGCCAGGAACAGGACGAAGAAUAACCACCUUCGUAGGUCACCCAUGGUUGUUUAGAGAUGCAGAGACUGAUGAACCUUUGAGGGUGAACAGCAAAGAGUUGUUUCUUCCUAAACCAGCAGAGGGUGGAGAUGUAUUUGUCAAUAUCACUUUACCAGUUGACAGCCUCAAGGAUCGUGCCCUUCAUGUUAUUCGCCGCCUUGUACGACCAGAGGACUACAGGAGGCUGGAAAUAGCACGUUGUCUCCAUGAGGAGCUCGAAGACCAGCCCAGUUUGUUAAAAGAUCUCCAGCGCAUGAAUCGGCGAGUAGAGCAGCACCUUUUGGAAAGGAUCCAAGGCCAGGAGGAAUAAAGCACAAAAAACUGGAUGGAUAUGUAUCACAUAUACAUGGCAAUACUGUAUUGCAUAUUCAAAAACAGCAAAGACUGAGAACAAGCUUGUAAAAUAAGAUAAAACAUUGGGGUUGCUUCAUGGAUGAGACGCAACACUUCAUUUGAUUGUAAGAAGACUCGCUUUGAUCUGCUGCCUGGUUGUUGUUUUCAGUCAGCUGCUUUAAGAAAUGCCUUCCCUAUCAGAAAAAAGUCAGCUUCAUUUCUGAGUAUGAGAUUGUUUUAUGUAAUAUAAUAAAAUACCACUAAAUAUAUGGGGAAUUUUUCAAACUUGAAAUUGUUAAAAGUUAGUGAAAUCUUUAUCUUGCCCUUAAACUUGUGAAAUUCACAGAAGUAAAUGGUGUUCAGAAUGACUUUUUUUGUGAGUAGGAGCAGAAACUUGGUGAGACUACUUCUAAUGAGGAAAGUUUUUCAUAAAAUUUUUAUCUUUCAACUGAUUUCCAACUAGAGCAACAAAGAUUCAAGAGGUAAACAUCAGGCAAUAAAACACUGAUUGAAGAGGUUAUUCUUUUUAUUAUUCUUUUUAAUUUGUUCUUUUGUUCACUUAUUUGUUGUGACUGAUUCUUAUAUCCUUCAAUCAUUUAUUUAUGUUUAUUAAUAAAUUGAGUAUAUAUUUGUUA